CAAACCCACCUUCAUCAUCCCAAGUUGCGAGACCUUUCGCCGCUCCUUACCCUCCACAUGCCACGCCUCAACCAAGUCGACUUUCGCUCUCUUACUCGGGCCCGGUGAAGGCGUCGUUUUCGACGCAGUUGCCUGACCUGACCGUUCGCAUACGCAGACACACACGCGGCGUGACACUCCCGACGAAACAAUGAGCGGACGGGUCCUCGCCGCGGGGCUGCGCCCGUUGACGCGACGCGUCCCAGCCAGUCCGGUUCGACACCUGCACCGAUUCCCGACUGGAGGGCUGCUUCGGGCGGAUGCCACCGUGCGCGCUACUCAAAAGCGCAUGUGGUUCGGUGGCAACGCCUUCCAUAACGCAGUGACUGCCCGGAACGCCUCCUUUGCGCGGUUCCUGCCUAAGCUUGUCGUCAAGUUUGCCAGGAUACCAGCCAUGUUUGGCGGUUUAGCCAUCGGCGCAUUUGCAUGGGUUCAGUACCAGGCCACUCAGGCAAGCGCCUACGCGAUCGAUAUAUUCAACACAACCAAGGAUACCGUCUCAAAUACAGCAUCGACCAUUUUUGGCGGCGCCAGAGAAAUCGCAGAGCAGACUUAUCACGGGUGGGAGACCACCAAGGAACAAGUGGAAGUGCCGGACUGGUUGAAGAAGGUGCUCCGAAUCCAUGAAGACAUUGGGACCGGAGGGUCAGGAGGCCCUGGCGGUGACGGCGACCCAAAGCAGAGCAAGCUAGGCGCGGCCGCCGCUGUCGGCGCAUCUGCCGCAGCAUACGGAUACGACAGGUCCAGCGAGGAGGAUCCUCGCGAACUCGACGAAGUGGCCAAGGACGACCAGAUGAUGAUAUUGACCAAGAAGAUGAUCGAGAUUCGGACUAUACUUCAAAAGGUCGGACAGUCGAGCUCUCUGACAUUACCAUCUAUAGUUGUUAUUGGCUCGCAAUCAUCAGGGAAGAGCUCCGUCCUUGAGGCCAUCGUCGGACACGAAUUUCUUCCUAAAGGAUCCAAUAUGGUGACGAGACGACCCAUCGAAUUGACUCUUGUCAACACUCCUGAAUCAACAGAAGAGUAUGGAGAAUUCCCGGACUUGGGCCUGAGGCAUAUCACCGACUUUUCGUCCAUACAGCGGACGCUUACGGAGCUCAACCUCGCAGUAUCCGAUGCAGAGUGCGUCUCGGACGACCCGAUCCAUCUAACCAUCCACUCUGCGAACGUCCCAGAUCUCUCACUUAUCGACCUUCCCGGCUACAUCCAGGUUGUUGGCCAAAAUCAGCCGCUAGAGCUGAAACAAAAAAUUUCAGAACUGUGCGACAAGUACAUUCAGCCCCCCAAUGUCAUUCUCGCUAUCUCGGCUGCGGAUGUCGAUCUCGCCAACUCAACAGCGUUGCGGGCAUCCAGACGGGUCGAUCCCCGGGGAGAGCGGACCAUCGGAGUAGUCACCAAGAUGGACCUGGUUGAUCCAGUCAGGGGUGCUGCCAUCUUGAACGACAAGCAGUAUCCGCUCCGGUUGGGCUACGUGGGCGUUGUUUCGAAGGCGCCACAAUCCCCAGGGCUCUUCAAAAUGGGUCCAAAAGAUCUCCUCUCGGCCAUCGCAAAGCACGAGAACUCGUUCUUCUCGUCACACCCGUUCGAGUUCGGCCCAGACGCCGGGGUCAGUGUGGGGACCACCACGCUGCGCAAGAAGUUGAUGCACGUCUUGGAGCAAACCAUGUCAUCGAGCUUACAGACCACAAGCGAUGCCAUCAGACAAGAAUUGGAAGAAGCAACGUACGAGUUCAAGGUUCAGUACAAUGACCGGCCGCUCUCCGCCGAGUCCUAUUUGGCGGAGAGCCUCGAUGCGUUCAAGCACUCCUUUAAGCAAUUCACCGAGGAAUUCGGACGUCCGCAGAUGCAGGAACUCCUUAAGAGCGAGCUAGACCAGAAGGUGCUCGACUUAUUAGCAUCCAGGUAUUGGAACAAGCCCAUCGCAGACUUGGCAGUUGCGCAACUAGAGCCAGAUCAGAUCGCCGAUUUGCCGAAGGCAAAUGUUGAUUCACUAUACUGGCGUCGACAGCUUGAUGCGUCAACCUCAGCCUUGACCAAGCUGGGUGUCGGACGGCUUGCCACCACGGUUGUCGCGUCGUCGCUGCAGGCCCACGUCGACCGGCUGUUGAGCAGCUCCAACUUCGCCACACAUCCCUUUGCAAGGAAGGCAAUCAUGGAAGCGGCGUCGACGAUACUCAACGAACGUUUUUACAGCACGAGUGAUCAAGUCGAAAACUGCAUCAAACCUUUCAAAUUCGAGGUUGACAUUGAGGACAGAGAAUGGGCACAGGGUCGGCAACAUGUAGGUGAUGUGCUUAAGAAGGAGCUGCAAGACUGCGAAUUCGCUAUGGGCCAACUCGAGUCAACAGUCGGUGGACGAAGAAAGCUGAAAGAGGUCAUGAGUUUUGUGGACAAAGCCCGCAAGGGCGAAAUCAUGGUCGAGGGUGACGGGCGGAGCGGUGCCGGCGGGUUCAGUGCUGCUCUUCUGAGCAAAGGACGCGAGGCCGUCUUCCUUCGAGACCGGGCCGACAUCAUCAAGAUGCGCUUGUUGGCUGUUCGGUCCAAGCAGUGUGCCACAGUCAAAAACAAGUACUACUGCCCGGAAGUCUUCCUGGAUGCAGCCGCUUCCAAGCUGGCUUCGACGGCAGUCCUUUUCCUCAACGUUGAGUUGCUCUCCGAGUUCUACUACAACUUUCCGCGCGAGCUGGAUUUGCGGCUCGGCCGACACCUCUCCGAGGAAGAGGUCGAGCGGUUCGCAAAGGAGGACCCGCGUAUCCGCAAGCACCUCGAGGUCAUCCGCCGCAAGGACCUGCUCGAACUCGUUCUGGAGAAGAUGGAGAGCUUGCGGCAGCUUGAAGGCCGUGACCGGGAGCGAGCAUCAGGUGCCGGGCGCCGUCGGGAUGCGCCCAAGGAACGGGGACGAUGGGGCCUAUUUUAAGCAGGGAGGCAACCUCGGCGCGGUGUUUUCUCCCUUUUCCCAGCAUCAACCCCUUUCCCUUUCUUUACCUGUGUUAACACAAGACAGCUCGGAGUAUAUGUGGAGGCAAGAUGUGCAUUUUGUUCCUGGCAUUCGUCACGCCAAGACUGUGUCCUCAUUGAGGCGAAGGGACUCUGGAAGCUCUCUCUUCUCUCGUAAAGAUACAUUUAACCUGCUAGACAUGCCAAGGGCCAGUCAUGGGCAGCGGCACGAAUUGGCUACAAUGAUUUCAAAAGGAUACCCUACUCAAAAAAGAAGUAUACUCAAGACCAUCAGCCAUGUACACGCGAAUUAACAGAGUAGCUUCGUCUGUGUUCUCGGACCGCUGUUCAAUACACAUGUGAUAUGAACUACUCAGGCCACAGGCCUUUUCCAGACCGUCAUGCCAACCGGUCCGCAUCUAGACAGGGGAUAGUCAUCCUAUGUAGCAGCGUCUGUACGCAUCUGCAAAGUCACCUCCCACCGAAUAAAGCCUCCCGUAC